CGCCGGCCAGCUUAACGUUCGUAGACGAGUUUAAAUAAUUUCAAUUUUCGCGAUUUUUUUUUGAAAAAAUAUAAAUUAAAUUGGAUUAAUUGAUUGUUUAAUUAAUUGAUUAUUUGUAUAUAAAUAAAGUUAUUUUGUGGUUAUUAUUUGUUUCAUCGAUCAACAAAGCAGGCAUUCGUUUUAUAAAAAUUAUUCAUAACUAAGAAUAAGAAAGCUGAAAGAGGAGAAACAUGGGAAAACUUACCUUUGGACAAACGGGACUUUCGUAUCAGUGUGAUAAAGUUGAAUUGAAAGUUGAUGGAGCUCCGAAGUGUCCACGCUGCCAGCAGAGAGUUUAUUUCAAUGAGGAGAAGAAGGCAGCUGGCAAAACAUGGCACUCCAAGUGCUUCACUUGUGGAAACUGUAAAAAAUCUCUGGACACUUCAAACUAUAACCAGCACAAUGGAGAUCAGAUUUACUGCACCAACUGCUACAGAAAACUCUGUGGCCCACAAGUGUAUGGAUUUGUUGCUGGGGCUGUUCUGCCCACCACAGCUGAUCUUGACUCCAAAACUAACACUGUAGUUUCCCUGAAGCCAAAAAACAGCAGCUCUGAUGAUAUCAAGAGGAGUCAUUCGUCUUCUGAUGUCCUUGAGAAGCAGGUGGGCAACUACAUAGAUUGUUGUGGCAGGUGUGGCGAGAAGGUUUAUUUUGCCGAAGAAGUAAGAGUUGGAAAGAAAAAGUGGCACAAGCAGUGUCUUAGAUGCAGUUACUGUAGCAAAUCCAUAGAACCUGGAAAGUGUAGUGAACAUGAUGGGGACCUAUUCUGUCAAUUGUGUUACACUAGAUUCUUUGGACCCCGUGGUUAUGGAUACGGCAGUCUGUUCAGUCCUGAGCUGGAGCAGCAGGACUGUCUGUUUUUUGACUCUACUAAGAGUUCUCCAGCUGUUGGUUCUACGGCCUCGUCCAUAAAAUACAACAGCCUGCUGCCAGCCGCUAAUACAAGAUCUGGAUACAACAACAUCAGCAGCAGCAAUAACAUCAACAACAGCAAUAACAUCAGUAACAGCAGCAAUUGGUACAGCAAUGUUGAUGUCAUGUCUCACAAAUCCACUGGAAGUGAUGAUGGUUAUGGAUCGUACAGCAAAACCAGGUACACCAACAUCAAUUACAACAACACCAGCAACAACAAAAGCAUUAACUCCAGCUCCAACUACAAUAACAUUGACAACACUCGUAACUACAGCAACACCAAUGAUUUUAAAUACAGCAGCAAUGGCUUGAAUAGUGGCAACUACAAAAAUAACAACAAUAGCUCCAACAAUUCAGCUCAUAGCAGCAACAACAAUAUUUUCUACCCUGAUUAUAAUACUGAAAACAACAACAACAGAUCAAAUGUUGAUAUGCUGUUUGGCAAUACUACUGUUACUAACAAUACUAAUAGCAGUAAUAAUACUAGCUUUGAUGGUUACUCCAAUUGUAAGUACUUGUCUGAUUACUACAAGAGAUACAACCAAUAAGAAAUUAGUAGUGGUAAUGCGUAAAUCACUUGAUACAAAUGAGAAGUGUCUUCAUAUUUAGAAAUUUAAAUUUUUUGACUUUACCCUUUUAUUCAAUCGUUCAUUCGUUUAAUUUAAUUAAAUUAAUUAAAUUAAUAAUUACUUUUUUUAAUAUUUCUUGAAGAUUUUAUUGUUUAUGUAUAUGAGGUUUAUGAUAUUUCUAUUGGAAAUUAACC